AUGACAGCCGCUCAAGAGAUCGCAACGGCAUCCGCCGCGGUCGACUACACCGCUAUUGUUUCAGCAUGGCCGCCGGAGGAAAGAGCGCGACGGGAGAAAAAGUUCCUAAGAAAAGUCGAUUUUCGACUUCUACCUAUCCUUGUGAGUCCCGCCGAACGAAGAAGCACCUUGGUCUGCAAGGGUCUAACAGUCCGAUCGAUUAUCAUGUAUUUGUUGAACUACGUCGACAGAAACGCAUUGCCCCAGGCUCGAGUUCAAGGCCUAGAGGAUGAUCUGGGAUUGAAGGGUGUUGAAUACAACGUUGUACUCAGCAUAACCUUCAUCGGGUACAUCGUGAUGCAGGUCCCUAGCAACAUGGCUUUGAGCUACUGCCGACCGAGUCUCUAUCUCUCCGGCUGUAUGAUCGCAUGGGGCGUUGUUAGUGGUGCUACAGGUGCUGUUCAAGGCUUCGGCGGACUGGCGGCCACCCGGUUAUUUCUUGGAGUCACCGAGGCGCCCUUCUUCGCCGGUUGCGCAUUUCUGUUUAGUGGGUGGUACACCCGAAAGGAGCUGGGCCUGCGCCUGGGAAUAUUCUUCUGCUCGGCCAUGGUGGCUGGUGCAUUCGGCGGUCUCUUCGCUGCCGGCAUAGCUGCGGCCUUUAAGAACAACGGCAUUGCGAGCUGGCGCUGGCUCUUCAUAAUCGAGGGCGCGGCCACUGUCGUUUUCGCCAUUAUCACCGGAUUUGUCAUCCCCGAUUGGCCAGCGACGACCAGGUGGCUGUCGGAGGAGGAGAAGGCACUUGGAAUUAUGCGAAUUGUCGAAGAUGCGGGUAGCGAAGAGGAAGAUAUCAGCACCAAGACAGCAUUCAAGCUGGCCGCCAAAGACCACCGGGGUUGGCUGUGCAUUCUUGGGCAGAUGUGCUUGCAGGCCGUGGCUUCUCUCACCAACUUUCUCCCGACGCUCGUCGAGAAUUUCGGAUUCUCGACCAUCCACACUCUGCUCCUGACCGCGCCGCCUUAUAUUUUCACCGCCGCGUUCUGUCUCUUCAACACAUGGUAUUCCGACCGAAGCAGCACACGCUCGCCGCAUAUAGUCUACCCCAGUUUGGUUGCAAUCGCUGGCAUCAUCAUCACCAUGGCCACUACCAACAUCGGGGCUCGCUACUUCGCCCUCUUCCUGAUGCUUCCGGGGACGUACGGGUGCUUCCAGAUCAGCAAUGCGUGGAUGGCCAACAUCGGUGCUAGACCUCAGAAGAAGCGCGCCAUUAGUCUCGCCAUGAACAACUCGAUCGGGAACCUUGCUCUCGUCUGGACGCCAUACCUAUACCCGGACAGUGAUGGACCGCGUUACACGACCGCCUGGUCUGUCAACUUGGCCCUGACGGUACUGACUGUGGCGAGCACUGUGAUCUUGAGUUUCAUCCUGAAGAAAGAUAACAAACGGUUGGAGGAUAGUGCGCCCUCUUACACCAGGGAGGCGGGAGUCGCCAAAAUGUCGAGCGAGCAUGUUGAGAGGAAUGUUGGUCAUGAUGAAGGGCAGUCAGUCGGCAGGGCCAACACUGGAGCCUUCAAAUAUCAAGUUUGA